UCCCCAAUUGCACUGAAUUGUUCCCUGACAGCGCUGCUUGCACUUCUAAUUGAAAUAUUGAUAUUGUGGCUAAAUCAUGAUUUUGAUCUUCGGAGCUGUUCUUCUCUUGUCAUUAGUUGAUCAAAGCAGUCAGCAGCCACUGCCAUGCAAGGAUGGGAAGUUCUAUGAAAGCAGCGUGUUCGACUAUUUCAACUGCAGCGUUUGUAUUGAGCAACCUCACUACGAGAACUGUGAUACCUGUUGUAAAAAAAUCACGACCACUUCAACAUCAACUGUUACAGCAACGACCGAGAAAACUAAACUGCAUACGAGUCCCUCAGCAUCUCAAUUCGUCAAGACAGAAAAAAUGCGUUUCUCUCCGAUGGAAAUGGUUAUCAUAGGAUUCUCUUUCGGAUUCGUGGCCGGUGCUGUAAUAGCUUGGCUGGUUGUGAUUACAGCUAGAGUCUGCUGCAAAAGGAGGAAGAAACUGGAAAAACUGAUGACUUCAAAAUCAAUAAAAGCAACACAGGAAACCCAGCGUAACACGUCAUCACCCAUGGUUUGGGGCCAAAAUGUUGGUAUACCUCCGGCAGCGGAUCCGCAUGACUGUUGAGCGGAAGAUGUCCUCUCCGCGUGCGAAGACGAGGCGAAUAAAAAAUCAGGAGAAGAAACUAAAUUAUAUUAAGCAUAAGCGAGUAUCUUUGUAAAAUGCAAUAACUUUGUUCAGUUUCUUGAAUUUCCACUCCUGGAUGAUUGGUAGCUAAAGGAAGGCUAAGGGUACUGAAAAUAAGUUAUACUAAGCAAGUGAAUCUACAAAACCAAUAGUUCGGUUCAAUUCUUCUUGACCUCACGCUGGCGUUUGUAUCAUAACUGCAAAAAGUUCAUAAAAAUCGUAGACAUGGAAAAUUGAAACUAAUUCCAUUUCUCUCUCAUUGUGGUAACAACUACUUAAAACAGGCUUCCUUACGAACGGAACGUUUUGUUUUCUCCUGUCAAAAGUGUUUUUUGUUAAUCACGUGACCUCUUUGUAACAGAACAUUUAAAGGUAUUCUGUAACCUAAAGUUAGCAGUUUAAGUAGCUAAAGGGAAGACGCUGAAUUACUUCUAUUAAUAUAUUUUACAACUGAAAAUAUAUUAUUGAUAAUCUGAGCGGAAGUUGUACAGGCAUUCUAUUUUUGAUAUUAAAAGUUUCAAGAUGAUA